UGCCCUGAGGAGCCGUAUGCCGCUCCGCGCGGCCCCGCUGCUUCGGCUCUCUACGCCGGUCGCGGCGUGGCCGUGGCCCUGGCGCCGGGCGGGUGGUGCGAGGGCUCGCCAGAGGCCCCGCCGGAGCCUCUGGGAAGAAGGCCAGCUUGUGGCAUCAUGGCAGCAGCCACGCGUGACAGCGGAGGGUUGCGCUGA